UUUGCCUUGGGGCUGGUGCUGAAAGGAAAAGAUCCCCCAGCUGACUUCAUGGUGCUAAAAUAACCUUACAAUUUGCACUUUUCACUGCCCAGGAGGACACACAUGUCUAAUAUUUAGACGUGAUGGCAAACUGGGUGGACGCAAGAACUCUCUUCAUUCUUACUUUUUUAUUAGGGCAAUUUGUCUCAAUAAAAGCGCAGGACGAAGGCGAGGAUGAUGGAUAUGAUGAAGAAAUAGCCUGCACACAGAAUGGUCAGAUGUACUUGAACAGGGAUAUUUGGAAACCGGCCGCUUGUCAGAUCUGUGUCUGUGAUAAUGGAGCCAUUCUCUGUGACCAGAUCCAGUGUCAGGAAGUGUUAGAUUGUGCAGAUCCAAUUACUCCUCCUGGAGAGUGCUGUCCUGUCUGUCCAAAUACAGCUGGUGGUGGCAAUAAUCCCAGUCUUGCUAGAGGAAGAAAGGGACAAAAAGGAGAACCUGGAUUAGUACCAGUUGUAACUGGAAUCCGAGGUCGCCCAGGGCCAGCAGGACCUCCAGGAUCUCAAGGACCAAGAGGAGAACGAGGCCCUAAAGGAAGACCCGGUGCACGUGGUCCACAGGGAAUUGAUGGAGAGCCUGGAAUUCCUGGCCAACCUGGUAAUCCUGGACCCCCAGGACAUCCAUCACACCCAGGGCCAGAUGGCAUCAGCAGGCCAUUUUCAGCUCAGAUGGCUGGCUUGGAUGAAAAAUCUGGACUUGGAAGUCAGAUGGGACUGAUGCCUGGCUCAGUGGGUCCAGUGGGACCAAGGGGGCCUCAAGGAUUACAAGGAAAACAAGGUGGUGUUGGCCCCACAGGCCCUCCAGGUGAACCUGGUGAACCAGGCCCAAUGGGUCCAGUUGGUGCCCGCGGCCCAGAGGGACCUCCUGGGAAACCUGGUGAAGAUGGUGAACCAGGUAGAAAUGGAAAUCCUGGUGAAGUGGGAUUUUCAGGAUCUCCGGGGGCACGAGGCUUUCCUGGUGCUCCUGGUUUUCCUGGCCUAAAGGGACACAGAGGACACAAAGGUCUUGAAGGCCCUAAAGGAGAAGUUGGCGCUACAGGUGCCAAGGGUGAAGCUGGCCCUACAGGUGCUAUGGGUGCAAUGGGUCCUCUGGGUCCUAGAGGAAUGCCAGGAGAGAGAGGGAGGCUUGGUCCCCAAGGUGCCCCUGGACAACGUGGUGCCCAUGGAAUGCCUGGAAAACCUGGACCAAUGGGUCCACUUGGAAUAACUGGCUCUGCUGGAUUUCCAGGAAAUCCUGGAAUGAAGGGUGAAGCAGGUCCCACUGGAGCACGUGGCCCUGAAGGUCCUCAGGGACAGAGAGGUGAAACAGGCCCUCCAGGACCAGUUGGAUCUCAAGGUCUCCCUGGAACAGUGGGAACUGAUGGUACACCUGGUGCAAAAGGCCCAACAGGCUCUCCAGGUACUUCAGGUCCUCCUGGCUCUUCAGGACCUCCUGGUUCUCCAGGACCUCAGGGCAGCACGGGCCAACCUGGAAUUCGAGGCCAAACGGGAGAUCCUGGAGUGCCGGGCUUUAAAGGAGAAGCAGGUCCCAAAGGUGAACCGGGCCCACAUGGUAUUCAGGGUCCAAUAGGUCCAAUUGGUGAAGAAGGAAAAAGAGGUCCCAGAGGAGACCCAGGAACUGUUGGUCCUCCAGGUCCAGUAGGAGAAAGGGGCUCUCCUGGCAAUCGUGGUUUUCCUGGUUCUGAUGGCUUGCCUGGACCAAAGGGAGCACAAGGAGAGCGUGGUCCAGCAGGUUCUUCAGGCCCCAAAGGAGGUCAAGGUGAUCCAGGGCGUACAGGUGAACCUGGUCUUCCAGGUGCAAGGGGUCUGACUGGAAAUCCUGGUGUUCAAGGUCCUGAAGGAAAACUUGGACCUUUGGGUGCUCCAGGAGAAGAUGGUCGCCCUGGCCCUGCUGGCUCAGUAGGAAUUAGGGGACAGCCUGGUAGUAUGGGCCUUCCUGGUCCCAAAGGUAGCAGUGGGGAUCCUGGAAAACCUGGAGAAGCUGGAAAUGCUGGUGUCCCAGGACAGAGGGGAGCUCCAGGCAAAGAUGGUGAAGUUGGCCCAUCAGGUCCUGUAGGCCCCUCUGGUCUAGCAGGGGAAAGAGGAGAGCAAGGCCCUCCAGGCCCUACAGGUUUUCAGGGGCUACCUGGUCCUCCAGGUCCUCCAGGAGAAGGUGGGAAGCCAGGUGACCAGGGUGUUCCUGGAGAUCCAGGAGCAGUUGGUCCUUUAGGUCCUCGAGGAGAACGUGGUAAUCCAGGGGAGAGAGGUGAACCCGGAAUAACAGGACUUCCAGGUGAAAAAGGGAUGGCUGGAGGUCAUGGUCCUGAUGGUCCCAAGGGUAGCCCAGGACCCACUGGGACUCCUGGUGAUGCAGGUCCUCCUGGACUUCAAGGUAUGCCAGGAGAAAGAGGAAUUGCAGGAACUCCUGGCCCAAAGGGAGACAGAGGUGGAUUAGGGGAGAAAGGUGCUGAAGGAACAGCUGGAAAUGAUGGUGCACGAGGUCUUCCAGGUCCCUUAGGUCCUCCUGGUCCUGCAGGCCCUACUGGAGAAAAGGGUGAACCUGGCCCUCGAGGAUUAGUUGGCACUCCUGGCUCUCGUGGAACUCCAGGUUCUCGUGGUGAAAAUGGCCCAACUGGUGCUGUUGGUUUUGCUGGACCUCCGGGUCCUGAUGGACAACCAGGUGUAAAAGGUGAACCUGGAGAACCUGGUCAGAAAGGUGAUGCUGGAUCCCCUGGGCCCCAAGGUCUAGCAGGAUCCCCAGGCCCACAUGGUCCUAAUGGUGUUCCUGGACUGAAGGGUGGUCGAGGUACUCAGGGUCCUCCUGGUGCUACAGGAUUUCCUGGUUCUGCUGGCAGAGUUGGACCUCCAGGCCCCACAGGAGCUCCAGGGCCGGCUGGGCCAUUAGGUGAACCUGGAAAAGAGGGACCUCCUGGUCUUCGUGGAGACCCUGGUUCUCAUGGCCGGAUUGGAGAUCGAGGACCAGCUGGACCCCCAGGUAGCCCAGGAGACAAAGGAGACUCAGGAGAAGAUGGACAGCCUGGUCCUGAUGGUCCACCUGGCCCUGCUGGAACUACUGGGCAAAGAGGAAUUGUUGGUAUGCCAGGUCAGCGUGGUGAGAGGGGCAUGCCUGGCUUGCCUGGACCAGCAGGAACACCAGGAAAAGCAGGUCCAACUGGAGCACCAGGAGACAAAGGUCCCUCUGGCCCUGUUGGCCCCCCAGGUGCCAAUGGUCCAGUAGGAGAAGCUGGGCCUGAGGGUCCUGCUGGUAAUGAUGGUACUCCAGGACGAGAUGGUGCUGUUGGAGAACGAGGUGAUCGAGGUGACCCUGGGCCUGCAGGUCUACCAGGUUCUCAAGGUGCCCCUGGAACUCCAGGACCUGUUGGAGCUACAGGUGAUGCUGGACCAAGAGGAGAUCCAGGUUCUCGAGGUCCUGUAGGUCCACCUGGUCGAGCUGGGAAACGUGGUUUACCGGGCCCACAAGGACCUCGUGGAGACAAAGGUGAUCAUGGAGACCGAGGUGAUCGAGGCCAGAAGGGUCAUAGAGGCUUCACUGGUCUUCAGGGUCUUCCUGGCCCUCCCGGUCCAAAUGGUGAACAAGGAAGUGCUGGAAUUCCUGGACCAUUUGGCCCUAGAGGACCCCCAGGACCAGUGGGUCCUUCAGGUAAAGAAGGAAAUCCUGGGCCACUUGGACCAAUUGGACCUCCUGGUAUGAGAGGAAGUGUGGGAGAAGCGGGACCAGAGGGUCCGCCUGGUGAACCUGGUCCCCCUGGUCCUCCAGGCCCUCCUGGUCACCUCACUGCUCCUCUUGGGGAUAUAAUGGGACACUAUGAUGAAAGUAUGCCAGAUCCACUACCAGAGUUCACUGAGGAUCAAGCAGCCCCUGAUGAUAAAAAUAAAACAGACCCAGGAGUACAUGCUACUUUGAAGUCACUAAGUAGCCAGAUUGAAACCAUGCGUAGCCCUGAUGGCUCAAAAAAACAUCCAGCACGUACUUGUGAUGACUUAAAGCUUUGCCACCCAUCAAAGCCUAGUGGCCAGUAUUGGAUUGAUCCUAACCAAGGGUGUGUUGAAGAUGCUAUUAAAGUUUACUGCAAUAUGGAAACAGGAGAGACAUGUAUUCCAGCAUACCCAUCUAGUGUGCCUCGAAAAACAUGGUGGGCCAGCAGAUCUUCUGACCAUAAGCCUGUUUGGUAUGGCCUUGAUAUGAAUAGAGGAUCUCAGUUUGUGUAUGGAGAUAGCCAAUCACCCAAUACAGCUGUUACUCAGAUGACCUUUUUACGUCUUUUAUCAAAAGAAGCUUCCCAGAACAUCACAUAUAUUUGCAAAAACAGUGUAGGCUAUAUGGAUGACCAAGCCAAGAAUCUCAAGAAAGCUGUAAUUCUCAAAGGUGCUAAUGACUUAGAAAUCAAAGCAGAAGGAAACAGUCGGUUUAGAUACACUGUUUUAGAAGACACUUGCACUAGACGUAACGGAAAUGUGGGCAAGACUGUCUUUGAAUACAGAACACAGAAUGUGGCACGCUUGCCUAUUGUAGAUCUUGCCCCUGUGGAUGUUGGCAGUACAGACCAGGAAUUUGGCGUUGAAAUUGGAUCAGUUUGUUUUGUGUAAAACAAGAUGAGGUCCAUCAACAACAACCACCAUCAUCAACCACGUACACCACCCUCACCAAGAACUUAGACUGAUUGAAGGUGAUCCUGAGACUCUUGAAAUAAUGGCUGAUAUUACAUCAGCACUGUAUAUACAAUUCUUCCUAAAUGCCUGGCCUCCUUCAGAAUAUUUAUUUUACUUACAAACCUCCAGUUUUAAGUGAUUUUAGACAACUUUGAGCGCAGCAGUCCGAUUUCAAAAGGAUCAGCCAAUGACCACCUUAGGGGAAAAAAAUCAACUUUGAAACCAAUAGGUCUCAGUUUUUGUUUAGUUUGUUUCCAUGUAUUGUAAAUGUUGCAUACUACUUCUGAGCAAGCUAUUCUUCCUGAUAGCUAGCUUAAAGAUUGGGAUACAUAAAAUUAGGAGGAAAUGUUUCUUUUGCUUGGCUGCCAUUUUAAAUAACAGAAAAGUAGAGCACUUUCGUGACCUCUCAUUCCCAGUAUAUAAAGUACAAUCACAUAAGCUUUGGACCUGUAGAAAUGAAGAACAUGUCUCUCUAUAGAUGUUGAUGUGUCAAAUAAUUUUGGAUGAUAAUCUUUUAAAAAAGAUAUUAAAAAGUCACAUUCAUUUCCCAUUAUCUUCACUAAAUUGUUUAAAUAGCCUCUUUCCAUGUCGUUGAUGUCAUCAAAAUGAAAUAAAUUCAGCAUCCUAAAUUUUUAUGAAGUGUUAAAAUAUGAACAUGUAAUUCACCAUGUCUGUCAUACACACUUGAACUUCAAAGGUCCUUAGUCUCUUCCUGGCACACAUACCUAAAUCCCAUUAAUGUUCAUGAUGUUAUCUGUGUGCAUCUGAGAAAGAAUGUCUUUGUACUUUCCUAUGUAGGAAGCCAUUGGAUUCCACAAAAUAGAAUACACACACAUGUGACAUCUAUUUCCAGCCUCCAUAUGUUGGGAUUGAUUCAUUCAUACUCUUAGCAGACUGACAUAUGACAAAGAAGAAAGACAGUUUGGAAAAUCUGAGUUGUGAAUAUGACUCUUUAGUCAAUAGUAGAAUAUGUACAAGCAGUAAUUUUGGCCUUUGAAUUGUGUGAGACAAAGUGACCCAACAUUUCUUAGCAUGAGCUACCUCAUCUCUAGAAGCUGGGAUGCAUUGAAUAUUCUUAGGUUUUUGUUGUUGUUUUUUUUUUAGAUACUAAAAGGUGCUAUGCUUCUGUUAUUAUUCCAAGAAUGGAGAUAGGCAGGGCAAAAACAUUUUUUAAAAAAAGUGAUGGUGCUAAAAUUCCUUCUGUAAAGCUUUUACAAAUAAAGAUGAUUAUCACCAAAUAACAUUUUGAAAGAGUCUAGCUGUUAGACUACCCAUGUCUGAAAGAGCAGUGUUACAAUGCACUUUCACUGUUGGUCUGUCAGAAAGUCUAUGGUCUUGUAAUGCCUGUGUGUUUAAUUAGAUGAGAACAUGCAGGUAGCCACUGCUUCAAGGUUUUUAUUUCUGUUUCUUUUCUGCAUUUGUUUGCUCCGAUUUCUUUCCUUUUUUAUUUGUUCCUUUAAAAGUAAACAGCUGGGACCAUCCCAGAGAACAAGCCAUGCACAGAGCUUUAGUCAUGUAUCUCUGCAAAGCAUUUAAUUAAAUACUCGCUUCUUGUCAUGUCAAUGGCUUCCGUUUUGUGGAAUUUGUCUAACAUUUCAGUUCACAACAAGGAAAAGAAUUAUGGUAUAAUUUAUAUGUUUGUUUUUAAUUAUUUCCUUUUUGUAAAAAAAAAAGCAAACCAACAAAACAAAUCAGGAAUCCACUUAAUUAUACAUUGGAUUAUAAACAAAAUUUUAAGGUCUUCCUUUAGCAACACUUAUGAAGGGAGGGUGAGACCAGUUAUCACUGUCUAUGCUCUUUAAAAUGCCAGAUUGAUAUUAUUAAGAUCAGAGAAAGAUAAUUUUUAUUCAUGACUGAAUAAAAUGUGAUGAUAAAAA